GAUUCAGAAUUCACAUUGUGUACUAUUUUCUGAAGCUUGUGACCUUCUUGAAGUAAGCAUUACUUCAAUGGCCGGAGUCGAUGUUCCUGAUCCUGACCUUAUUGAAAUAAAGAACUCCUGUUGUAUAUUCGUGUCUAGACUGCUGAAAUUAUGGAAAUAUACUGGUAUUAGCGACGAGUCUAAGACGAAGAUAUGUCUAGAGUUAAAGGUGGAGUUUAAGAAUGCGUGCGAAAGAGUGGUUAAUGCUGUAAGCAACAAACUAGCUGUGUCUGUACCUUCACUGAAUGUAACUGAAGCUGUUCCUCCUAACCUUGGACCAAUCACCUUCUGUGAUCACUACUUGUUUGGACUACUGAGUUUCGUACUUAUGUACUGA